CGAUGAAUCUUCCAAAGAAGGUGACAUUUUUAAAUGCAUUCGCACCAGACACCCUGUUGUUAGGAACUGCUGGCUGCCAUUAAGCGUAACAAUGGACUCUGUCAGUGAUUGUGACCGUGAACUAGAUUUGCUUAAUAUAAGUUGGACCCAGACUGAAAGUCAAAAUGAUCAACCAGGAGAAAAUAUCCCGAACAUCAGUGAAGAAUACAAAACUGUUUCACUGCAUUGGGGAACGAAAAUAUAUACCGGUGGAAAAUCAAUGUGAUGGAAACUUUGACUGUACUCUUUUGUCUGACGAAUGUCUAUGUGAAAAAUCGCCCGCAAUUUGCCAAGAUAUUUGCUACAAUAGACACAACAACUCUAAUGUUGCUGGGGAACCGUGUUUCCAGUGUCCUUUUGGAGAGAUUAAGUGCACGGAUAGAUGCAUUAGCCGUGAAAAGGUAUGCGAUGGUAAAGCCGACUGUUCAAACGCAAAUGAUGAAAACUUCUGUACAUCUGCUGUGCAAUGUGCUAAAGGCAAUGGAAGUAUUUGUUCGCCAUCUUUUCAAUGUCAUACAUCAGGUACAACGAACAUUCCCGGUUUUAUUGGAAAACGAGCCCACCUUUGUGACGGUCAGCCACAGUGUAUUCACUUCGAAGACGAAUGUUCAAGUGAAUUAUGCUCCAAUCCGUUGCCGGAAUAUUGUCACCACGUGUCGCUGUUGGUCGGCAUUGGCUUUUACUAUCGUUGUAAAGAAGGCGGAGUAUUUCUGAAAGGACCCCAAGUAUGCGAUGGAUUUUCACGCGACUGUCCUGAUGGAGACGACGAACUAAACUGCCCGAACCGAACUUAUUGCCAAAAUUUGGCAACAGAAUCAUCUUUUACUGGCGAAGGACAGAUUCACAUUUCAACGACACAGAUCUGCGAUGGUGUGAUUGACUGCCAAAACAAACAGGAUGAAAUGAAUUGCUCGCAGCAUUAUUAUUGUACAGGAGGGGAACCGUUUUUUAUUCCUAUUCGUUUCAUUGCUGAUGGAAAAGCUGACUGCUUAGACAGCAGUGAUGAAUGCCCACCGGACAGUUUUCAGCGAAACAUAUUUGCUUCGCGAGAAGAAAUGAUCAAGUCACCGGUACUCCGUUAUCUAGUAUGGAUAAUUGGAGGUCUUUCUAUAGCAGGAAACGUUACCGUCCUUUUUGAAACAUUUUACGGCCUGCUCUGGUCAGAUGAGCGUUUUCGGAACAAAAGACCGUUUGCAAAAGUCAACCAUGUUUUAGUCAUCAACCUCGCUUUAGCUGAUUUACUCAUGGGUGUUUAUCUAUUGUUGCUCGGUACUGAAGCAGCUUGGCGCUCUGGGAGCUACUGUAAGGACGAUAAGUCAUGGCGAAGUUCCGACAAAUGUGGGUAUCUGGGGGCAUUGACUGUAGUUUCAUGCCUGGCUUCAGUCUCCAUUCUCUUGCUACUGACAUCAUAUCGCUUGUACGGCGUGUUUUGGCCGUUUCGAAGUCAAAGGGUGAAUUACAAAACGACGAUGCUCUUUGCGAUCUCUGCUUGGUUAAUCGCUCUGUUAUUAGCGUUUAUUCCCCUGAGUCCACUUGUUUCGUAUCAUUACACCUCUCAUCUUUGGAUAAGCCACAACCCGUAUUUCACAAGCGAUGUUGUGGAAAGAGAUGCGCUUCUGCAGUUCUGUCGUCGCUUUACACUUUAUCAAGACGUUCACCAAAACCAGUCGCACGAGGUCGCUGUGGAGCAUUCAAAAAUUUGGUUGGAUAAUACUUGGAACGUAUUUGGAAAAACUAUUGUGGAUAAAAUUGGGAGUUUUCGCGGCGAAUUCGGAUACUACAGCGUGCACAGUGUGUGCAUGCCCAAACUUUAUGUGACGACAAAAGACGUUGCAUGGAGACAUUCGAUGAUUAUCAUUUUUUUCAACUUCUUCUCAAUUCUAUAUAUUUUGGCCGCUUACUUGCUUAUCGCCCUUAAAAGCAAGAAAAGAGUGACGAAAUACGGAAACAGCAUGAGUUCCAGGCACAGUUCGAUGUUUCGACGAAUUACAUACCUUGUGAUAAGCGACAUAGCUUGUUGGCUUCCCGUCUGUACUAUGGCGUUCAUGAACAUUUCUGGUUACAAAAUCUCGGAAAAUGCUUAUGCUGUCUCUGCUGUAGUUCUGUUACCAAUCAACAGCGCUCUUAACCCAUUAUUGUAUUCGAACGCUGUUCAACAUUUGCUUAUCAAGUUGUCUUGCGGAAAACGAACGAUGCAAAGAAACCCUACCUCCACAACCCGUAUAGAAAACCCGCUUCACCAGCGUGGGUUACGGUUAGGAAAAAUACAACACAAUGAAACCUUUAACCGGAAUAACGGAGAUCCUGGGAACACAAGACUGCGAAUUCCGGAUGUUAUUCCUGAUCAGGAUGGAAAAACAACAUCCAGUGCUCUGCUAUCUACAUCCAUGUAAAAAGCAAAGACGAUAUUAUACCCAAACUGCUGUUUAAAAUCGAAUGCUUUGAUGUACUCUGUUCGUCAAGGCUUAUUUCGUCGAACAUUUUUAAACCCAGAUUAGUAAAAUUACUAAUACAAACAUUCCUGCAUUUUCAAGGUUGUUAAUAUAGUAGGGUGGGGGAAGAUGGUACACCUUAUCAAUCUAUUUUCCUGUUCCAUUCUGUAGUAAACAAAGAAUUAAAGAAUCUUAUCUUCCCGACUUCCAUAGACCGUUGUUAAUUGUUUAAAACACGGUCAGAAUAUUUUGAUAUUAUGUGCUAAAGGUGUCCCGUUUUUCCCCACCCUAUUAUAUAUGAAAGUACAGCACUUUUCAUAUUGUAAAAGUUCAUUAAAUUUAAUGUACUAAAACGUGGGUCAUAGAACUUGUUCAUUCAAGGUUAUAAAAUCCAAGUAUCUUUGGUAUGCCGGUUCUGUUGACUUUGCGACACAAGCGUCUGUAUGUCGUGGUUCGCGAGUUCUUUUAUAUUGUCAUACGCACUCUGUUCGUAGGUUAUGUUUGCGUAAAUGCGUCACUAUGUUACAAAUUUUCUGAAAAUAAACAGACAGAUGCGCAAGAGCAAA